AUGCCUAAUAAAACACGAGCCGGGUCUUCUCGAACAAGAAAGCAGCAGUCUGGAGUCAAGGACAUCAUCGAUACGUACUUAUUCUUAUACAAUGGAGCGUCAUUUGUGGCCUGGGGCUGCGUCUUUUACAUGGUGGUUCUAUCACUGUUGAAUUCUGGAGGAGAUUUUACGGUAGUACACAACGAUGUGAGAGACGUAUUGACUUAUGUUCAGACAGGAGCGAUUCUAGAGGUUAUUCACGUGGUUCUCGGUUUGGUGAAAACUCCACUCACUACUACAGUGAUUCAAGUAACUUCUCGUCUUUAUCUUGUAUGGGGGAUACUUGCACCCUUCCCUGAGGUGCGAAGUCACUGGGCACUGACUACGAUGACCAUUGCAUGGAGCGUGACUGAAAUAGUCCGAUACCUGUAUUAUGGCCUCAAUAUUGCCAAAAUACAGCCCACGUGGUUGUUGUGGUGCAGAUAUACUUUCUUUUUCGUGUUGUAUCCUUUAGGAGCAGGAAGUGAAUCUGUUCUCGAGUAUGUGUCACUUCCGUAUUCCCUCGAGUUCGAUAAAUACAAUAUUUAUUAUUAUGUCCGGAUUGGCGUUUUACUGUCUUAUCUGCCAGGUUUCUACACGAUGUAUACACAUAUGAUAUACCAGAGAAAGAAAUACUUGAGCAAACGGAAGAUUCAUUAA